ACAACACAAACAAGCAACAACGAUUACCCCUCUUCCUUCUAUUCCUCACUCUCUUCAUUACUGUCUAUCAUAAUACACACGUCAAGAUGCCCCCCCUGAUCGUCGACAUCCACACUCAUGUCUACCCUCCUUCUUAUAUGCAUAUGCUUCGCGCGCGUAAGACAGUCCCCUAUGUCCACGACCCAGCCAACAAUGCAACCCCUCGUCUCAUCAUCCUUUCAUCCGACGAUGACCCGUCAAUCCCCGUCGAUCAGCGUGGUCGCCCCGUGGAUUCGUCCUAUUCAGACAUCAACGUAAAAUUGGCCUUUAUGCGACGCCAUGGAAUCAACUGCAGCGUUAUUUCUUUGGCCAAUCCGUGGCUGGACUUCCUCGAGCCGGACGAAGCCCAGACAUGGGCAGAGCGCAUCAAUGACGACCUCGAGACAACUUGUGCGCGGGUAAAUAACGAUGCAGACCCUGACAGGACAAAGGCACUCCAUGAGAAGGAAACGCUGUUUGCUUUCGGGGCACUUCCGCUCAGCGCCCCGAGCCCCGAUAUUGUUGUAAACGAAAUCAGAAGGCUCAAGACAUUGCCCCAUCUCCGGGGGGUGAUCAUGGGAACAACAGGUCUAGGCAAGGGGUUAGACGAUAGUAGACUGGAUCCGGUCUGGGAGGCCUUACAAGAUACGGAGUCCAUGUUGUUCCUACACCCCCACUAUGGGCUACCCGAUGAAGCCUUUGGUGGACCCGAAGUAACGAAUCGCUAUGGUCAUGUUCUUCCCCUAGCUCUAGGGUUUCCUCUUGAGACAACCAUUGCGGUGACGAGGAUGCUUUUGGCCGGGGUCUUUGAUCGCUUCCCACGGUUGAAGAUCCUCCUGGCUCAUUCCGGAGGUACCCUCCCCUUCCUUGCUGGUCGAAUCGAGAGCUGUAUCCUUCAUGAACGCAAAUUCAUCGCCAACGGGGGGGAUGUUCCCGGUCCGCAACGCAGUGUGUGGGAUGUUCUGAGCACCAAUAUCUAUCUGGACGCCGUGGUGUACGGCACUGCUGGGUUGAAAGCAGCUGUGGCUGCAGCAGGAGGAAGUGAUCGUCUUCUCUUCGGUACGUUGGUCCCGGGAUGCUUCUCUGCGAUGGCAUUGUUAAUACCAGUAUAGGAACCGAUCAUCCGUUCUUCCCUCCUUUGGGCAAGGAUGACGAAGAAUGGCCGAGUGUGACGACCAAUUACAAAGCGAUCCAUACUGCAUUCGAAUCAGAAGGAGAUACUGCUGCAGGGGUCUUGGGGGGCAACGCGGCUCGCAUACUAGAUUUGAAAUAGACAUGAACUAUAUAAUAAUAGCAAUGCUGCAUGGCAUGACUCCAUCUGCUUUGAGCUUGUGCUUGCAGUGAGUCGUGUCAGUGAUACUGCGCAUCCGUGGCAUAUGCAGAAUGCAAGUAUUUCCGUUGAGAUCAGUAAGUCAUACAUGUCAGAUGGACGCAAAUCCCGGCCUCAUACCUCCGGGCUGGCCAAGGCCAGACUGCGGCCAGAAACACCACGUCUACAUCUUCGGGGAAUUUCGCGCAGCUAGCAUCUCCCAGCCUAUGAGCCUCCAAAUUUCUUGUACAAA